AAAUUGCUGCAGUUAUCAAAUGUUUGACCUCAACCUGAUACUAGGAUUGACAAACAUACCAUUAUAAAGCUAUAGUUCAUCGUUCAACCUCGCGCGUCCUUAUGUACAGACAAUUAUAGUGAUUAUAUUAUAGUAACCGCUGUCAGCUCUUUACGACACUCAAUAUGGCUUCUAUUACCGCUUGGUUUAUUGGUUACUUCGUGCUUGCAGUUAUUCCGAUUCUGGCUCUUUAUCUGUAUUCCGUGUCUGUUUUCAAGUACUUUGAAAAACGCGGAAUACCUUAUGAACCAGCCACAUUUGCAAUCGGUAACUUGUGGCCUGUCCUAAGCAUGAAGAAAUCCUACAACGAUUUCGUGUUUGAUUUGUAUAAAAAGCACAGAGCGAGAAAGUUGGUUGGGAUUUUCCAGUUUUACAAGAAGACUGUAUUAAUUAUUGACAGGGACCUGUUGCGGGAUGUUUUGGUGAGAGACUUUGAGUACUUUGAUGGUAAGAGUGUCCACUACAACAAAGAUUUGGAACCACUAACAGCUCAUCUAUUUUCCUUGAGUGGACACCAGUGGAAGGUUCUCAGAAAGAAAGUGACCCCGACGUUUUCGUCCAGUAAACUCAAAGGGAUGUUUCAGACUGUUAUCGAUAACGCCCAUAAACUGAACGAAUACGCCUCCAAAAUUAUGAGUGAUGAGAUCGAGUGUAAGGAACUGUGUCUGAGAUUUGGAUGUGCCGUAAUCGCCAGCACUGCUUUUGGUCUUGACAUUGACAUCGUCACUGACAAGUCGAUAACGUUCUUCGAGAUGGCGGAGAGUAUAUUAGCUCCUACUCUUGGUGGUAUUUUCCGAAACGGCCUCUGGUUCUACGGAGGGUUCAUCGCUAAGGCAUUCAAUUUGAGGAUCAUCCCCAAGAAGACACACGACUUCUUCUUUAACCUGGUACAAGACACAGUUCAAUAUAGAGAGGCACAUGGGAGCACUAGAAACGAUCUUCUGCAGCUACUUAUACAACUCAAACAGGGAGCUAAGUUUGGAGGUGAAACAAUACAAAUCACAAUAGAAGAACUGGCAGCUCAGUCUUACGUGUUCAUUUUGGGAGGAUUUGAGACGACUUCUGGAGCCAUGAGUUUCUUCCUGUACGAGAUGGCGAUGAACCCAGAGGUACAGGAGCGGGUCCACGCGGAGGUCGACGCUGUGGAUGAGAUAACGUAUGACACUCUGGCUGGCAUGGAAUAUCUUGAGAUGGCUCUUGACGAAUUAUUAAGGAAGCAUGUACAACCUGGUUUCCUGAACAGGACUUGCACCAAAGACUACCAGGUACCUGGAACCGACUACGUAAUAGAGAAAGGAACGGAGUUGUUGAUCUCUACACAAGGCUUGCAUCAGGAUCCUGAACUGUUCCCUAACCCGGAACGAUUCAUCCCUGAACGAUUCAGCAAGGAUAACAAAGACAACAUCAAACCGUUUUCGUACAUGCCCUUUGGCGAAGGUCCAAGGUACUGCAUAGGUCAGAGGUUUGCCAAGUUAAUGGUCAAGGCAGGACUGGCGAUCAUGAUGAAGCGCUUCUCAGUGCAGGCGUCUCCCAGAACACCGAUCCCGCUGAGAUACAAUCCCCGAUCAAUACCCUUAGCAGCGGCUGGAGGCAUGUGGCUACGACUGGUCGAUAGGCAGGGCGUGUAGUAACCUGUUACAACUUGCAACACAAGACUUCUGAGAAGAGCCCAAAAAUUUCAGUUUAGAAACAUGAAUUGUUUGGUACACGGUUUUAAUUACCAUUCGCACCACUGACAUUUCUAACAAUUUUAAAAUUAGGUGCAUAAGAAAGAGGGUAGUGUGAUGGGUUUCAUCCUUGAUUCUUAUACAGGAUACAUGAUGUUUCUGCGUAUUAUGAAUAAUAAAGGAUCAAGAUUUCACUUA